AUGAUUCGUUUCGACAACCAGACAGUCUUGCGAGUGAAACGAUGCGACAUGAGAGAUGUUCGCGCUGUGGUUGGUAAGAUGAAGGCAGAGAAGAAAAAAAUACCAUUCUUUGUUCUUGAUGAGAUGACUAGCAACGCAAACAUCGAUGCUGGGGGGAAGCAGAUGGCCGCCUUUCAGCGCAACGUCUUUCGUGUCUGUGGUUUGGUGGUUGUCAUUAUGGGUACGGACUCGAACAUUACCAACCUGUUUCCACUGUAUUUUGCAAGCUACAGGGAGCCGUACGAAUGGAUGUCGCUUGUUCCUCGAUUUCCUCGGUAUCAACUGAUGCUGCACAAUAAUCUAGAACGACAAGGCUGGUCGAAAGCUGAGUCCUGCAAGACAUUGCUACGCAUUCUCGUGGGCGGUUUGCGAGGGAUUUCGUCGACAAAGUCGUGGAAUACGCGAUUCGAGACUGCACCAUCAGUCUCUGCGAUUUGA